AAUCCAGUUCAGAACGUGGUCAGACGUGGUAGCGCGUGGUCGUGGAAUUUUCCGAGAAAAACCCUAAGGAAAAAUCAAACAGUGCGAGGCAGCAGAAGCAACAACAACAACAACAACUAACUAGAGCAAAGGAAAUUUGACAGACUUUGAUGUGAACCGGAAACGAGGGUAAAGGCUAAAAAAGCAAAGGGAAGCAAAAUAAAAAAAAACUGAAACAGGAACAGAGGAGCCAGGCCAACAGUGUGCAAAUUGAUAUAGUCGGAGCAGCAUGGAUGAGGAGCACGACGACGAUCGAAUAAUAUGAGAUUAGAUGGGGCUCUAGAGCCCCGGCCCCGUCAAGGAGCUGCCAUCUUCAAGGGCCGCGAACCAUGUGAGACACAGCAACAGCAGCCAGCUGAUGAAGACGACGAGGCCACAGACGCUGAGUGUUUGACCACCAACCACAGCAUCAGCAGCAAAAUUGCCAAGUCAACUUGGUCCUCAAACCAGAGAGAAAACAUCAACAACGCCCACGUCCACGCCACGCCCAGAAAAACAACUGGAGGCAGAGGAAAAGCACACCACCACACCGCUGCCGUGAAAGCGCGUACCAUAUUAAUGGCGCCCAACGUGGGGCAUCAGCGGAAGAGCCUUGGCCUUCGACUUCCGAUGAAGCCGGGCAGGAUGAUGGGAUCGGGCUGGGAUGGCCUUAACGGCCUGGUCCUGUGCCUGAUUUCCGUUAUUGCCCUGCUGCCGCCGCUGACGCUCGGCGAUGACGGCGACAAUUUCUUUGCCGUGAAUGCCUUUAGCGCGGGUCCGGAGACGACAACGCCAGAGUUUGAUUAUGCCAGCCGCGGGCAAAAGAAGUUCGGCGACAAGUGCGAUAAUACUUUGGAAUGCGGCUUCCCCGGCUCCAUUUGCGAUCCCAAGAAGAAGUCCUGCCAGUGCACCGAGGAUCUGCCCGUCACCAAUCACAUUGACAAAUGUGGCAAAGAGGCCGCCGUGAACGAGUCCUGCUUCUUCAACGAGCAGUGCGAGAUGCGAUACUUCCAGACGGAGUGCCGGGAUGGGCGCUGCAUCUGCCGGUUCGAGAUGUCGCCCUUUUGGGACAAGGACGGGUCCGUGGAGUGCAAAGGGCGCCAGGACAAGAGGGGACCCGAGACCUACAUCGAUCCGGCCAUGAUUGGCGUGCUGGUAGGAAUGGCAUUGAUGUUUGUUAUUAUUUGUGUCGUCCUGCGAUUGUUUAGCCAAGCCCGCUGGCGUGAGAACCGGACCAUCUUCAAUACGCCCAAUCCUCGUCUGAUGAACGUCUCCCUGCUGCGGGAUAGCAAAUUGCUCCAUGGCCAGGAGCGGCGAGGAUCCAGGAUGUCGGUGCGGGCCCCAUCCCGACAGCCCAGCAUGGCCUCCCUGAGGCCCCACUCCCCCAAUCCGUCGCUAGGAUCCCAUUCGGAGUCGCAUGGCAGCAAUGCAUCGGCCGCCUCGGUUCGCUCCCAGCGCAGCAACUCGGUGGCUCCAGGAAAGGUUGGCCACCAUGAGCGCCACGGAUCCGCCCAUCGCCAGCACCACCCACAUGGACACCAGCCGAAGGAGCAGCCCCAGUCGCCGCAGGAUCAGUCGCUGAUCACCAACAUCACCACAAAUCCGGUGGCCGAGAGCGUGACCGUGGAGAUUAUCGAGCCGGGACAGAAAUAAAGAUGAGCACGUCAGCACAGGAUCGGAAAUUUAAAGUAUAUAUAGAGCAAGAUGGCAUAGGCGAGAUUAACUGGCUAACUCUCUGACACACGAACACUGGACACGAAAUGCAAAUAGAAACAUAUAGUCACGAUAUAUGCACGCGAUAAUAAGGCGGGUCCGCUCCCAAAAGGGGCGUGGCUCCGGCAACCAACACAGAAAACAAAAAAAAAAUCAAAUACACAUGAGGCCAUUGUUCGACUCUUUUUGACAAAGACAAUUUUUGCAAUUAAUGGAAAUUUUUUAAACAAACCAAUUAUAUAUACUUAUUAUAUAAAUAGGGAGCAUAUGAAAAAACGAACACUCACAUACACCCAGAACAAUGCUAAAUGAAUUACUUACGUACGACUACACCGUAAAAAAUAAUUGAAAAAAAAACCUUGCAUAACAAAUUCAUACUACUCUUUUUUUCAACCAAAAAAAAAACAAACAAACAAAGAAAAACGAAAAAACCGAAAGAGGAAAACUUUAUUAAUUUAAAAUAACAUAUUGUAAUGCAGUUAUAUAACUAAGCUUUGGGUUAAAGGCUUUAAGGAUUCAAAAAGAAAUCACACAGCGUAGAGGAAACCUAGGGCAUGAUCUCAAUCUUAGUGUUCUAUAGCCAGCCAUCGGAGGCACUGCAUCGUGGCCAAAGAUGCGACAAAUUGGCAGAAACCAAAUGUAAACCGCUGAUACAACGCCUUAUCUAUACUUAUAUUAUAGAUCCAAUUGCCGCUCUAGCUCCCACAUACGGAUGUUAUAACCCAGAAACGACGACAAACCAAGAUGAAGAAAAUAUUUAACAACCUCGGGACCAUAUUUUAUAAUCAAAAUAUGCGUUUCAUUGCGAAGCACGCACGUUCACAUUAUUCUCGUUUUCGUUUUGGUAUUAUAUCUUUGCGUUCUCGAACAGUUGUAGGUUCGGAUGUAGGGGAUACUGAAAAGGAGUACCUAUAUUUUUUAACAACUAGCUGAGCAAAUUUUAGGGAACACUCACAACAUGAUAUUAAGGAUAAUGAUUAUACAAGCUCGCCAAGAGUCCAAAAUCUAAAUUGACUUCCAGUUGAACGAUAUGAUUUGAAAUUUCAGUUCGAAGCAACGUAGAUUUUUCAGUUCGACAGCCUUUACAAUCUCACACUGCACUUUGCAGAUCGGGGCUGAGGAUUUUCGGGCAGUGCAUUGGGCUAGCCGGGAAUAGGGGAAGAUUUCCGGGUCUGUCCAAUGCGAAGGUCGAAUUAUAAUCGGACAACGGAUCUCCAGGUUAUAGCCGUAGUAGGAAUAGAAAACGAUAUUGAUAAGGUUUAGUUGUUGCCCCCCAAACAGACGAUUCUCAUUUGCUUUUGUGCUCAAUCAAAGAAGCUUAACUGUGAGAAUACCAAAUGAAUACAUGAUACAAAAAUAAACGUAGAGCAAAAAAAUCUUAAAGUAGCUUGAGAACUUCUAGCUAAAAAUUACAACUAGAGUAACAAAAUGAGAAAAUUUAAAAAAAAAA